AUGGGGUGUUACAUUUCUCUUGUUUCAGCUUUUGUGGCUAAGUUAGCGGAAUCUGAUUCAUUGGCCAAACGGCCAGGUUCUGAGUGGAGAACUAGUAAGAACAUUGACAAUGGGAAUGGAGACGAAAUUGUGUAUAAUUGGAGGGAACAAACAUCUACUCCGGAAUGUCUUUCAACACAGCUUAGAACAUGUUUGAUUAAACAAUUUACAUACACAAAAUGUGGUCUUCAAUUUGCUGAAUAUAUUUUGAGGAAUUCAAAGGUACUGGACACAAUGUCAAUCAAGAGUGCUUCAUUCGUAAAUGAAAAUGUCAAGCACCAAAUGUUAAUGAUAUUAGCUUCGGAGGAAUUCAAAGCGUUUAAGUCCGUGGGUAGCUAUGGGUUGUUUCAUGAUGGGUGUUUCAAUAAUCUUCUUCUAAGAUCUGUCUUCUUCUACUCAACAAGAAAGGAAAAGGGUGCAGAUCCAUCAUUGACCGAGUUCUAUUUUCGCACACAUCGGAAAAAGGAUCAAAGUUGGGUUGGAGUUCAUGUUGAAUCUACAUAUGAUAAAUUUGAACAGAAAAAGUUGGAGAUUUCUUCCCAGAAUCCAACUAUUCCAGGAGAGGACGAAGCUGAUAGUCAACCAACUAAUGAAAUGCCACCUGAUUUGGAUAUAUGGGCAGAGUCGGUUGGAAAGAAGAAAGGGAAUAGGGUAUUUGGUCUUGGAACCGCAUCUAAGACUUUGGUUUUUGUAUCAAAGAAACACUCAAGUCUUUCAAGUGACUCUCAAGAGGUUGAUGUCUUGAGAAGUCAAGUCCAUGCUUUAAAUGCAUCGUUGCAAAGACAAGAACAAGAGAAGAUGGUGAUGAGGCAACAAUUGCAUCGAAAAGAAGAAAAGAUGGCCGAAGCGAAUAAUAAAAUUUCAUUUUUAAUGAACCAUUUAGGAUUUAUUGGGUUUUCUUCUCAUCCACCACAACCCACUAAUGAAAGUGAUCACUUAAAUGAAGAUGGCGUCGAUGAAACAAAUGAAGAAGACCUUAGUAAUGAAUUUUGA